UAUAUAUGUUACUAUAAGUUGAGAUAAUGUCGUAUAAUUUCUGACAUAAGAAGACAGUCUGACAGAUUUUGUUAAGUAGACCAUCCUUUUCUUUGUUAAAGGGCCCUUGGACGGAGUAUAGAGUAUAUUAGGAAAAAGAAGUCAAAAGUCAAAAAGCUGUCAGUGUCAAAAUAAAAAAAAAGUAUUCUAAAAUAAUUUGAUCUUGAAUAAAACAAUAUCAAAUUUAAUAUUAUUCUUUCAGCUCAGUUAACCAAGCAUUUUAUGUGGCGGUAUAUUUAAAAUGUCUGAGCGUAAAAAUAAGUUAGAUCAAAAACAACUAUUUAAUCAUUUAGCAAAAGAUUUUCAUGAAUUAGUGAGCAAUAAACAAGCGUUACGUUCUGCGGUGGAUACUUUCUUCAAUAAUGUUAUAGAGGAUUUAACUGUAGGAAUAAUAUUUGAUCUCCACAGGAAGUACAAAACAAAUGCCUAUGCUUUAGAUAUAGAAGAUACUAGUGAAGAUACAGAUCAAGGAGACUUCGAUAUUUUUUCGCAUAAUUCAAAAAAAAAUCAAGAUUGUAUAUGUCCAAACUGUGAUCGUGCUGUAGCUGCUAUAACGUUUGCACGUCAUCUAGAAACUUGUAUGGGAAUGGGGAGGCUGUCACGAAAUGCUUCUAGAAGAGCUCUUUGCAAUAAUAAAGAUAAUUCCGCAUAUGGAGGACUGGUGAGUGAUGAUGAUGAUGAUGUAGAUUGGGGAACAGCUGAACAAAGAAAGAAAAAAAGGGAUAAGAAUGGAAGUAAAAAUAAAAGGGUAGGUACACCUAAAAAAAACUAUGAACAUAUAGAAAGUGUAGAUUCUUUGAAUGUGGAUAUAGAAGGGGAAGAUGAAGAAUUGACGAAUCUUAGGGACAUCUUAAGACUUCAGGAUUAUUCAAAUAGCACUUCACCUGCUGAUUCGGCUUCUAGUUCUGGAUCAACUAAGAAAAGAGAUAAGUCAAAGAGCAAGAAGUCCAGCAAACGUGAAAGAAGGUCUCCAAGUCCCAAUUCAGUAUUAGAUUGAAUAUUUUUGAUGUUAUUAAUUAUGAUAUUCAGAUCUUUUGAAUCUUUAUUUUAUUUCAUUACAUCAAAAUGAGAGUUGGUAGUAAUUAGUGUGUUAUUUGUCAUAUCAGUGAUAAUAAACUUCAAUUAUGUAUAAGGUUUCAUUAAAUAAUAAUAUACACUGUCA